CCUUUCUUCUAAAAUAUGAUUCAUAAAUUAUAAUGCCUAGACACUUCAUAUUAGCAUUUUUAUAACGCAUCAAAAAGUAGAUACAACCGCAUCGCAAAUAUUUAGAUAUACUUGACGAUCGCCAGAAAUACAUUGAUUACCGAUUCUACCUGCAAUGGUGAACGGUGACCUAAUGCUAUUAAAAAAACGUUACGCCGUGAAGUCAAUAGUCCCAUUCGAUAACUCCGGUCCGUGGAUCCGCCCGUUCGCCCCCAGCGCUGCCCGGUCGAUCCGCUCCGGGUUUUCCCCACCGCCCAACGCUUUCCCCUGAACUCCAACCCUCGCGCUCUAUCAGCAUCUCACUCCUGUCUCAAUAUGUCUCAAGAUGGCGGCCAACGCAGGAUCGAUGUUUCAAUAUUGGAAGCGUUUUGACUUACAACAACUACAGAAAGAGCUGGAUACAACGGCCACACAGCUCGCCAACCGACAGGAUGAGAGCGAACAGUCCAGAAAAACUCUCAUCGACCUCAGCCGGGAGUUCAAGAAGAACACACCGGAGGAUCUAAGGAAACAGGUUGCCCCCUUGCUCAAGAGCUUCCAGGGAGAGAUCGAUGCGUUGAGUAAAAGAAGUAAAGAAGCAGAAGCCGCCUUCUUGACCGUCUACAAGAAACUAAUCGAUGUCCCAGACCCCGUGCCGGUGCUGGAGCUCACCCAGCAGCUGCAGCUGAAGCUCCAGAGGAUGCACGACAUCGAGACGGAGAACGCCAAGCUCCGGGAGACCCUGGACGACUACAACAAGGAGUUCGCCGAGGUCAAGAACCAAGAGGUGACCAUCAAGUCGCUGAAGGAGAAGAUCCGGGAGUAUGAGCAGUCCAUGAAGAACCAGGCGGAGAACCUGGCGCAGGAGAAGCAGCAGCAGCUCCACCAUGACUAUGCAGAGAAGGAGAGGAAGCUUCAGGAGAGCAGAGACUCCAUGUCCUCACGGUUGGAGGAGGCUGACCACAAAAGCCAGUCCUUACAGACAGCACUUGAAACAUCUCAGGCAGAGCUCUUUGAUUUGAAGACCAAGUAUGACGAGGAGACCACAGCAAAGGCUGACGAGAUCGAGAUGGUGAUGACAGACCUGGACAGAGCAAAUCAGAGAGCGGAGGCAGCCCAACGGGAGGCGGAGUCACUGAGAGAACAGCUGACCCUCACCAACCAAUCCAUGCAGCUCGCCGGCCACACCCACACAGACUCCGACACGGAGGCGGCGGCGGCGGGGGGGACGGACACGGCCUCCCGCUCCAGCCUGGAGGCGGAGCUGGGGGCGAAGGACCGGGAGACGGUCCAGCUGGUGGAGGAUGUGCAGAGACUGCAGGCCAGCCUGAGCCGCCUCAGGGAGAGCACGGGCACCCAGAUCAGCCAGCUGGAGCAGCAGCUCAGCACCAAGACCCUGAGCCUCAAGGAACUGGAGGAGAAGCUGCUGAAGCAGGCCGACUAUGAGGAGGUCAAGAAGGAGCUGAGCAUCCUGAAGUCCAUGGAGUUCGGCCCGUCAGACUCUGUGCAGGAGUCCUCCAAGCCCCUGGAGGUGCUGCUGCUGGAGAGGAACCGGAGCCUUCAGUCGGAGAGCGCCUCUCUGCGCAUCGCCAACACCGAGCUCGGCGGGCCAGCCGGAGGGAAAGGGACAGAGCAGCCCGCCACGAAGGAGGAGCCCUGUCCCCGUGACCCCCCGCCCUCGCCCCCCCCGCCGCUGCCCUCCCUCUGCUCCUCCUCCUCCUCCUCCUCCCAGCUCUUGCACCCUCGCGUUCACUCCGACCCCCUGGGCUCCGGCGCCCCGACCUCCAACGACACGCACCCCUUCUCCCCCGCCGGCCUCGGCGCGGACUUCUACUCGCCCUCCUUCCCCCUGGUGGGGGGCAAGAUGGCGCUGAGCUCUCUGCUGCAGCGGCAGCUCCUCCAGACCUUCUACUCCAAAGCGCUGCAGGAGUCGUCCGGGCUGCCCGCCGGCGCCCUGCUCUUCUCCCCCUUCUCGCCCACGCUGGGCUCCCUGGCCCCCUCCAACGCCGGCUCCGGCGCCGCCGCCGCCGUGCCCCUGGCGGCCAGCAGCCCCCAGCCGCCGCCCGCCAGCCCGGACGUGGCCACGGUCAACGGCGGCGGCGGCGGCGGCAUGGCGUGCGGCGCCCCCUCCCCCUCCCCCAGCCACUCGGACACGGCCGGGCUGGGGGGCCCCCUCGACGGGGAGGACAUGGACACGGCGGAGAUCGCCCGGCAGGUGAAGGAGCAGCUGAUCAAGCACAACAUCGGGCAGCGGGUGUUCGGCCACUACGUGCUGGGCCUGUCCCAGGGCUCCGUCAGCGAGAUCCUGGCCCGGCCCAAGCCCUGGAGCAAGCUCACCAUCCGGGGCAAGGAGCCCUUCCACAAGAUGAGGCAGUUCCUGGCGGACGAGCAGAACAUCCUGGCCCUGCGCAGCAUCCAGGGCCGGCAGAGAGAGGGCUCAGGCCAGCCCCAGCUUAGCAGAGUGUUUCAGGACGUUCCGAAGCGGAGAGCCCACUCUGAGGCCCCCUCCCACCCAGGCAACAUCACGGCCCGGGUUCGAACCCCAGAGGCCAGCUCGGACGAGGCGAUCAAGUCCAUCCUGGAGCAGGCCAAGAGGGAGCUGCAGGUUCAGAAGGCCGACCUGUCCCACGGGCCCCCGUCCUACGGCGGUCUGAAGGGCGGCGGCGGGGGCGUGAGCAGCGGCUCCGACGAGGCCAUCCGCUCCAUCCUGGAGCAGGCGCGGCGGGAGAUGGAGGCGCAGCAGGCGGCGCUGGAGCCGCUCCUCAAGGCCUCCUCCUCCUCGUCCUCCUCCCUGUCCUCGCUCUCCCACCAGCGGGACUUCAUGGGCUCGCCGCUGGCCGCCACGCUGCCGCCCUACAACCCGCUGGCGCUGUCGCUGAAGAAGGCCCCGGGGGGCCCCCGCGUGGCCUCCUCCUCGCCCACCUCGCCCUCCCCCGUCCUGGACUUCAGCGCCGGCUCCGUGAAGCGGGAGCACCGGGGCUCCUCGGGGGCCGAGUCGCCCGCCGACGGGACCCUGCGCCGGGGCUCGGACGGCACGCAGCCCCGCUCCGGGGGGGGCGGGGGCCACUGGAGGGAGCAGUGGUGGAGCAACAUGCACGGGGACCCCCGGAGGAGCGUGUCCCUGCAGAUGGGGGAGGACGGGCACACCCCCGAGGACUCCAAGGAGGGAAUCCUCAGCGACGGCCUGAGCCGACCCCGGCAGUGGAACAAGCCGAGCCAGAGGAGCAGAGAGCCGUACCUCCGCAUGCAGCUGUGGCUCAACGGCGACCAGGGCCAGAACACGCAGGCUCAGCAGCCGCACCACCAAGAGGGAACGCCCAAGACGUCGGCCAGCUGUAGCCCCGCCCCCGAGUCGCCCCUGAGCUCAGCGGAGGAGUCGGUGAACGGCCUACCGGGGGACCCGCUGGCGCCCCAGUCCUCCGGCGCCAAGCCCCCCUCCGAGGAGCCGUCGGGCGGGGAGUCCCAGCCCGGGACCCCCCUACCUCUCCCGGGGCCCCACUCGGCCCUCAGCAUCCAGGAGAUGGUGGCCAUGUCCCCGGAGCUGGACACCUACGUCAUCACCAAGAAGGUCAAGGAGGUGCUGACCGACAACAACCUCGGUCAGCGUCUGUUCGGGGAGAGCAUCCUGGGGCUGACCCAGGGCUCGGUGUCCGACCUGCUGGCCCGGCCCAAGCCCUGGCACAAGCUGAGCCUGAAGGGCAGGGAGCCCUUCGUCCGCAUGCAGCUGUGGCUGCAGGACCCGCACAGCGUGGAGAAGCUCAUGGACAUGAAGCGCCUGGAGAAGAAAGCCUACAUGAAGCGGCGUCUGAGCUCCCUGAGCGACGCCCACUCGGUGGACGUGGGCGGGGCCAUGGGGCCGGACUUCCUCCAGGGCUCCCAGAGCCCUGGGGGCGGGCCCCAGCAGCAGCAGCAGCAGCACCACCACCACCACCACCAGCAGCAGCACCUGAAGAAGCCCCGGGUGGUGCUGGGGCCGGAGGAGAAGGAAGCGCUGAAGAGGGCCUACCAGCAGAAGCCCUACCCCUCCCCCAAGACCAUCGAGGAGCUGGCCUCCCAGCUCAACCUGAAGACCAGUACCGUCAUCAACUGGUUCCACAACUACAGGUCUCGUAUCCGGCGGGAGCUCUUCAUAGAGGAGAUCCAGGCGGCCGGGGGGGCCCGGCCCGGCAGCGAGGGGGGGUCCCCGUCCCUGCGGGGCUCCAAGUCGGGGGAGGGGGACAGCUGCGACGGCACUGAGUCGGACGGCACGGUGGAGGCGGCGCGGCAGGGCUUCGGCCCCGGCCAGGAGGAUCAGCGGGGCACGGACCACGACAUGGAGGCCGAGUCCGAGGCAGGGGCCUCGGGUUCCUCCCCGGCCCGGAUAGAGUGCAGCACGCCGGGCUCCAGCUGCGGGCCGGCGGGCAUGGGCCUCUUCAGCCUCACGGAGGCCUCGUCGUCCAGCGGCUCGGGGCCCAGUAAUAACAUCCCGCCCUCCGGGCCGGCCAGGAACCCCAGGGACAACACGCUGCGCAAGAAGAAGGCGGCCAACCUCAAUAACAUCAUCCACCGGCUGGAGAAGGCUGCCAGCAAGGAGGACCCGUCAGAGUGGGAGUUCUAGCUCCCUCUCCCGCCCCCCCUCGCUCUCUCUCUCUCUCUCUCUCGUCUCGCACCUCGUCUCCUCGUAACCCCGCGACCUCUAACCCUUGGCCCCCUCCCGCUCUGCCCUCGGACUGGACUGGAGGGCGGGCGCAGCCAAAGUCAAGCUCAGCAGCCAUUUUUAUGACUCCGACGCUCUCCGUACGGAGGAGAGAAACAAAGAGCGGUUGUUGAACCCGAAGUAAAAAAAAACAAAAGAUACACUGAUGUACUAAGAAGAACAGACGAAAAAACAACCGAGAGCCAGAGUGUCUCUCGUCUCUUUCUUUUCUUUUUUUUUAACUGAGUUGUUUUUGUACUGAGAAAAGCACUUAGCUGUCCUGCUGGCCCAUGGCCCUGCUGUACCUCUCCCCACUCCC